AUGUUCUUAUUAGUGUUCUUCACGAGCAUUGUAUCAUCAUCAUAUAUUCAAGAGUUUACAUUAGAAGCGCCGUUCGAUACAUAUUCGAAGUAUUGGAAAAGUUAUGGUGAUGUAGUAAUGAAUGAGAGUGUGAUAGAGAUUACUCCAGACAAAGCCAACACACGAGGGCUUAUAGUAUCGAAGAAACGGAUUUCGAUGAAAAGUUUUAAAAUAGAAAUGAAACUAUUAAUGACUUCAUCAAUAAAAAAUACGAAUCAUUCGAAUGGCAUUGCCUUUUGGUUUACGCAGACGCCACUCAAACUUGGCAAUGCAUUUGGUGCUGAAGAGAAGUGGCAAGGCCUUUCGAUCAUCUUUGACACCUUUAAAAACGGCAAAUUAGACGUCCCAACUGCUCAAAUGAUAAUGAAUUAUAACAACAAGCACUAUAAAGGGGAGAACGAUGGGAUCGACAUUUCCUCCAAAAGUUGUUAUUUUGGCGACUAUCGUGAGACUCCUUUUACCGCAACAUUCGAGUACAAAGCAAGUACUUUUGAAGUCUCUUUAGACCUCCAACAAGACGGCAAAGAUGUUAUUAAUUGCUUUAAAAAUGCAGUCUAUAAAAUUAACAUUGGGCAGUACUUUGGGAUCUCCGCAAGUUCUGGAAAUGACUCUGACAGUCACCAAUUACUCGAUUUGAAGUUCACAGACACUUCCAUCCGAUCUCCGAAAAAGAAGCGAGUGACGGUCGAGGAGCCAAAACUCGACACUUUAAAUUUGGAGAAGAUCAACAAAGCCUUCACUCAACCCGAAUUAGAAGAGCGUUGCAAAGACACUCACAAUGAAAAAUGUUACAUCACCGCGCUCUAUGAAACUCUUGGGAGUAUCAAGGAUGAAGUACUUUUAAAUCUGAAGCUUGAAAAGGAGAAGAAUACCGUCUUACUCAAAAUACUUAAAGCUAUGGAAAAGACUUCAAAGAGUCCAACGGAUAUAAAUAGCGCUGCAAAGUCUCUCGAACUAAUUCAUAAUUUACAAGACUCUCAAGCCGAAACUUUUUCGGACUUCUUUACUACUAUAGGCGACUUACUCCAAAGAAUUCAAGACCUCGCUACUACCUUUUAUUCGUCUUCACUUCCUAUCAAGACUAUGAACCUCACUGAAAUGGAUUACUUCAUAUUCAUUCUACAGUUCUCCCUCCUCGCAACCCUUCUAAUAUACUCAUUCACAAAGUACACUGGCAAAAAUAGAGUUAUUUGA